ACUUCCGUUUGUGCUCGCUCAACUUCCUCUGUACUUCCUGGUGUACGGGAAAACUUUCCGCUCGUAAUUACGACCACUUCUACUACUUCCCAGUGGGGCACAUAUUUUUAAUAUUUUAUAAAAUGAAGAUAGUCACCUGGAAUAUAAAUGGUAUACGGUCGUUCAGAUGUGGGAUAAAAAAGACGCUUGACGAGCUGGACGCGGAUAUCAUAUGCGUGCAGGAGACCAAAGUGACAAGAGACCUGCUCGAUGAGAGAAUUGCCAUCGUUGAUGGUUAUAACUCCUAUUUCAGCUUCAGUCGAGGACGCAGUGGCUACUCAGGUGUCGCCACUUAUUGUAAGGACAUUGCCACACCUAUAGCUGCUGAGGAAGGUCUCACCGGUCUGUUGACCAAUAACGCGGGGGCUAUUGGUUGUUAUGGUAACCAGUCCGAGUUUACAGACGAUGAGCUGCAGCUUUUGGACAACGAAGGUCGAGCUAUCGUCACGCAACACAGAGUACAGUGUUCGGACAAAAUCCAAACUAUUACUGUGAUAAAUGUUUACUGUCCGCGAGCUGACCCGGAAAAGCCAGAAAGAAGACAGUUCAAACUGCAGUUCUACAAGUUGCUUCAGACUCGAGCUGAGGCUAUGUUGAAGAACGGGAGCUCUGUAAUCCUUUUAGGGGAUGUAAAUACCUCUCAUCGACCAAUAGACCACUGCGACCCGAAUGAAAUUGAUGACUUUGAGGACAACCCUGGCAGGAAAUGGCUGAACGUCUUUUUAAGGGAUGACAAACCGUCAGCGUCAGCAGAUUUCUCUCACAGUGGCAAGUUUGUUGACACAUUUCGCUAUUUCCACCCCACUCGGACUGGCGCCUUCACGUGCUGGUCCACUCUGACGGGGGCUCGCCGUACCAACUAUGGCACGCGCAUCGACUACAUCUUCGCUGACUAUCAGCUUGCAAAGGAGCAGUUUGUGGCGGCCGACAUCAUGCCGGAGGUGGAGGGCUCGGAUCACUGUCCCGUGUGGGGGGCUCUGCGGUGCAUUCUGCUGCCCAACUCCAAGCCGCCCCCUCUUGCUACCUGCUACCUGCCUGAGUUUGCCGGCAAGCAGCAGAAACUCUCACACUUUCUCGUCAAAGUGGACCAGAAGUCAUGUCAAACUGAAUCGAAAGAGGCACUGCCUGCAUCUCAGGAAGAAGCUGAAAGGAGGGAGAAUAUAAAUGUCACGGGCACAAAGAGAAUCAUGAGGACAGAAUCUGUUAAGCAGAUGAGUAAAAAGGCCAAAACGGCAACGACAUCUUCAAAACCCCAGGGCAACAUUCUUGCCUUCUUUAAACCCAAAAAUGAAAAAGCACUUGGUUCCUCGCAGAAUUCCCUCAAAGCGUCCCCAACACGGGAUGAGCUCACGCCGGAUGUCGUGUCACAGCUCCACAGCGCCACGCAAGAUAAGACGACAAAAGGUGAACAUUUGAGCACACAUGCGUGCAACCCACGUAGCGACAAAGGAGCAUCUUUCGGCUUUUGGAAGUCCGUACUUCACGGCCCGCCACCGACACCUGCCUGCAAAGUUCACAGUGAGCCUUGUGUGCUGCGCACUGUCAAGAAACAGGGGCCCAACAUGGGCCGGCAGUUCUUUGUGUGCGCCCGCCCUCAAGGACAUGCUGCCAACCCAGAGGCUCGCUGUAACUUCUUUGCAUGGGUUGAAAGGGGCAAGUGAAAAAAAAAGGUGACUUUCCGAAUUUUUCACCAUUGGUCUACUUUGAAAUGACUCUUAUUAGCCUGAAUAAAGGAGUGUUUUAUAACAA